AUGGCGAAGGACCCGAUGCGCGUGCUCGUCACUGGCGCCGCAGGACAAAUUGGAUAUGCUCUUGUUCCCAUGAUUGCUAGGGGAGUUAUGCUUGGUGCAGACCAACCUGUUAUUCUGCACAUGCUUGACAUUCCGCCAGCAGCUGAAGCCCUUAAUGGCGUUAAGAUGGAGUUGGUUGAUGCUGCAUUUCCUCUUCUGAAGGGAGUUGUCGCAACAACUGAUGUUGUGGAAGCCUGCACUGGUGUGAAUGUGGCCGUCAUGGUUGGUGGAUUCCCCAGGAAGGAGGGAAUGGAAAGGAAAGAUGUUAUGUCGAAAAAUGUUUCAAUCUACAAAGCCCAAGCAUCUGCCCUUGAAGCCCAUGCGGCCCCUAACUGCAAGGUUCUGGUGGUGGCCAACCCAGCAAACACCAAUGCUCUUAUCUUGAAAGAAUUUGCUCCAUCUAUUCCUGAGAAGAACGUUACUUGCCUGACCCGUCUAGACCACAACAGGGCUCUUGGCCAGAUUUCUGAGAGACUUAGUGUCCAAGUUAGUGAUGUGAAGAAUGUUAUCAUCUGGGGUAACCACUCAUCCACUCAGUGCCCUGAUGUUAACCAUGCCACAGUGAAGACUUCCGCUGGGGAGAAGCCUGUUCGUGAGCUUGUUGCUGAUGAUGAGUGGCUUAAUGGCGAAUUCAUCACAACUGUCCAACAGCGUGGUGCUGCAAUCAUCAAAGCGAGAAAGCUCUCCAGUGCUCUCUCAGCUGCUAGCUCUGCUUGUGACCACAUUCGUGAUUGGGUUCUUGGAACCCCUGAGGGAACAUUUGUUUCCAUGGGUGUGUACUCUGAUGGCUCAUACGGUGUUCCUUCUGGACUUAUUUACUCAUUCCCAGUAACAUGCAGUGGUGGUGAAUGGAAAAUCGUUCAAGGCCUCCCGAUUGACGAGUUCUCAAGGAAGAAGCUGGAUGCCACUGCCCAAGAGCUGUCGGAGGAGAAGUCGCUUGCUUACUCAUGCCUCGAGUAA